AUGACCGACGCUAGGCUAUGGCUGGAGAACCGGCGCAUGUCGGUGAACCCGUUCGAGUGGCUCGAGCCACUGCGCGUGCUCUACUUUCACGCCAACCAGCUGGCCAGCUUGCAGGAGGUGGCCAAGCUGACGAUGCUGCCGUACCUGCGAGCGCUGACGCUGCACGGCAACCCGCUGGAGGAGGGCACGCCGCGCUACCGGACGCGCGUGCUGCUACUGCUUGCCUGGGCUUCGCUCGGCUCGGACUUCAGCGCCGUCACGCGCCGGGACCGCGCAAUCGCCCAGUUUAACAUGCUGCCCAAGCCGCGGCCGCGCAGAAUUAAGGACGACGACGAUGACGCGGCCGUCUGA